CUUCAAUCUCAGGAUACCCUCACUCGCCAACUUUCCGUCAACCGUCUCCCAGUUGCGACAAAAUCCGACAAGAUGGCCAAGUCGAAGAACGCGUCUCAGCACCACAACAGCCAGAAGGCUCACCGUAACGGUAUCAAGAAGCCUAAGACCAACCGUUACCCCUCCCUCAAGGGUGUCGACCCCAAGUUCCGCCGCAACCACAGACACGCUCUUCAUGGCACCAUGAAGGCUCUGAAGGAGCGCAAGGAGGGCAAGCGCGAGGUCGCAUAAAUCAGGUCCACUACUAAAUAAUAUAGAAAAGACCCGAAAAAUUCUGAAAUGAGAGCGAUUUCGAUCUAGUCGGCAGCUGUUUCUUUUACCCUUUACUCUCCCACGUGCGAUGACAAUGAAAGCGUCCCUCCUGUCCUGUCGGAUAGCCUGGCUGGGCUGGUUCCGCGACGGUUGUUAUAUACAAUAACCAACCCCCAAGUCCCAUUCUUCGAUCCACGCCAUCAUCCUCCCUUUCCUGGCUCUGUGAUUUCUCCUUGAUCAGAUUCGAGGAAUGGGCUGGUCGAUUGAUGGAAGUAGUUCUGCUUUUGCGUUUUGUUUUGUUUCGUUAUUCAGGCAUAUGUGUGUACAGCACCGCGGUUUCACCCCGUACGCGUUAGCUGAAGGAUUUAUCAACGUGCCGAGAUCAGAUCCCAAGCCCUCCAAUUACCAAACACCCUACAUCUCGUUUUCUUAUGGUCGAGGGUGCAUGGACGGAGGGCUACAGAUUGUUCGUAGUUUUUUCAAGAGUUUUGAGAAUCCAUAUGAUUCAAUAUUAUGCAAUGCAACGCUUAU